CAGAAUGGUAUUUGUCUCGUCUGGCCCUAGGUUGAGACAAUUUAAUCUUCACGGUACAUGCUGUACUUAGCUGUCGGUUGAAUAAUAAAGCAGGAGUGUGCCUUAGAGAGUGUCUGACCACGUGACAUGGACAAGUUGGGCACGGAUUGGUUCAAGGAUGUCAAGAACAUCCGACAAACAAAAGAAGACUUGAAGGAGAUUGCGAAGAACAAAGAUGGCAAUGCUUUCCGUUCCGUGGUGGAUUUCCUGUGCGCAUGCCUGGAUUGUUCCACACCACAACAUCUGGAAGCCUUCAAAAGUGUUUUAAGAGACAACUUGGUCAAGUGGAAGGAUCAUGAGAAGGAAGUUUGCGAGAUUCUGGAUAAGUUCCGAAUUCUCGAAGAGAAGGCGGACGGUGAUAACAGGUGGUACAACUCACGGGUGGAUGAUGCUGUCAGAGACCUGCUGGAGAGGUCAAAAACUUGCCAUAAGAAGAUCAGACCCAACGUGGUGAAUCUUCUUGUGUUCGCCCUGAACAAAGGCACGGAGACACAUUUGCACCUGGCCAAGGGAAUGACGUGGGCUGAUGGCAUCCGAGAAAUGUUCAACAAGGCGAACGAUGCGGAGGCGAAGAGUAUGCUAAUAGCCUACUUCGAGAUGAUAAAAUCGGAGACAUUUGAUCCCAACUCAACAGUUGCCAUCGCAGUUACGUCCAAUCUAUGUCAGAAUCUAGCUGAAUGUGCAAAAAGUACAGAGAAUGUGAAAACGUUAUCAGAGAUUAUCAACUACUGCUCAGAGAAGGAGCUGUACAAAGAAGACCAGCCGGACCGGGAAACUGUCUACGGCAUGGCCAUCAGGGUCUCGUUGGCAAAUUUCCUCAGCAAGAACAUGAGUAACCCUGAGCAUCUGAUGCUUGUGAUGCCUGGAUUCAUCCGACUCCUUGGCAACGAAGAAGUGUCCGAGCAGAUGAGCCUGUCCAGUUACGUCAACAUGUUCCUGCAGCAGGGGGAGGUGCUGGCUCCACACGCAGACCCGCUCCUGGAUACCUUCAUCAACACAGAUGCCAAUGAAAUAGCUAGUCAGUAAAAUUGUGGUUUAU